AUGAAGAGACUAAAAUACGAAAAAGAGCAUUGGGAUGAUGUAAGUUAAUCAUGACUUCGUUGUUUAUUUCUAGGCAAUCUACUUGUUCCGAGAGAGAGAAUCAAAGAAAUGGAAUGAACAGAAUUGGAAAGUCAUAAAAAGGAUUCAGGAAGCCUCUUUGCCUCCAGAUGCCAUCAAACUCUCGUAUAUUCACAUUCUGGAUCUUGCCAAAGAAGGACACAUUAAACCUCAUAUCGACUCAAUUAGGUAUUGCGGAACAACUAUCAGUGGAGUGUCCUUAUUGUCAUCCUGUGUAAUGAGGCUUCGACAUAAGGAAAACAAAGAACUUGUUCUGGAUCUCUUGUUACCCAGACGAAGUCUUUAUAAAUUGAGGUAUGUUAUUUUGCUUCAAAUGUUUAUCUAUUGUUUCAGUAACAUCGGUCGAUUUGACUUUACACAUGAAGUUCUCUCAAAGGAAGAGAGCGAAUUUAUGGGCGAAAAGAUUGAGAGGGAUCGCCGGAUAUCAGUCAUCUGCCGCGAUCUCCCCAAGGCUCAAGAUCUCAAACCUCUCGAAUUCAAAUCACUUUAG